AUGCCUAACAACUGCAAAGAACUCCGCGACGCUCUUGCGCAAUGUCUCCAAGAAUCAGACUGCGUCAUGGUCAACCGCAACUCGGCAGCCGAAUGCCUUCGCGAACCCCUUUCCGAUACCCUCCCCAUUAAGUGCCUCCAGCUCAAGAAGGGCUUUGGCGACUGCAAGCGCGGCCUGGUCGAUAUGCGCAAACGCUUCCGUGGCAACACCCCCGUGAACUACACAUCCAUCACGAGCGACGGCGAAAAAGACGCCGGAUACCAGCUGUACGGCGGCAAGUCGGCAUUCAGUGGCGGCGUUAAAGAGACGAGCGGAAACGAGCCUAUUCCUCAGGACUGGAGAGAGCUGGAGAACGAAAAGUAUCGCGCCGAACUCGAGGCUCUGGCCAGGAAGAAGUGA